AGUCAUCAUGAUCAAAUACUAUCAAAAUUUAUGAAUCGAUCCUUCGAUUUAUGAAUCGAUCCUUCGAAAUCGAUCCUUCGAAAGAUAUAUCUUAUCCGAGGAAAGAACAAGCAAUCUCAGCGUAUUUUUCGGAUGGAUGUUUUUGGAAGGAUGGUUUUUGGAAAGUCUGAUACAGCCCACAAUGGCAAUCAAUAGAUUCACGGUAAUUACGCUAAACCGGACAAACGUAUUCACAUUUUGUCGUACACUUCUUCUAUUCAUCCCGAUCAUCGCAGUGGCUUCAGCCGCAGCCACGUUUUCACAGUACAUCUUUCCAUGUUGCAUAUUCAUAGGCGAUAUUUCAAUAAUGUCGUAUAUGGCUGUCACUAUUCCAAAUGUGUAUUCAUACUCCAAACUGAUCAUACUUUCAUUUGACUUAUUUUGCACUGGGAUAUCGACGGUUUGCUAUGCGUGCGUUUUCAUGACUAUACGAAAUGCCAAUAAAAAAGUUGAAGACGCUUUAAAGAGCAAAAAGAGAAAACAAGAUACCAGAUAUCUUGUGCAGUUUGUGUUCAUCUCCAUUUUCUACAUCGCUGCCUGGUCUCUAUUCUACGUUCUACCGUAUAUAGUUCCAGCUGACAAACCAACAUUUUACGCAGCUGUUCCAUUCUUCAUCACCCUAAACGGAUCCUCUAACUCGAUCAUUUUCCUGUCCUACAACAUCGAAAUCCGAAAAUAUCUGAAUAUUAAAGUUCUGUGGCAAAAACUAAACGGAGUUUCCGUUUCAAGUAACAUCCCAGUGUUGCCAUUUGUAACUCCACCAUGA